AUGGAUAUUCCUGUGUUUGCAGGCAUGAAGGGCUCAGCCAUUGAAAACUUCUCCUGUGUGAUUUAUAACAUCUUCCUCAUGAACUGCACUUGGCAGGCAGGAAGGGAUGCUCCAGCAGACACACAGUAUUUUCUCUACUGGCAGCAGUCAAGAGAUGAAGAGGAGAUGGAAUGUGAGCUUUACAUUAAAGAUGAAAAUUUCAGAAAUGUGGGAUGCAUCUUCCAAAACGUGAGCAUAGGGAUUGAAAAAGCUUACUUCCUGGUGAAUGGGUCUAGCAACAACUCCCUGAUCCAGUUCUAUGAUGAAUACAUUGACCUGUAUAAAAUUGAAAAGCUCAUGCCUCCAUCAAAUAUCACAGUCACCUGUGAUGAAAUUAAAAAUGAUUGCAUAAUUCAAUGGCAACGACCCCAAAUAAGUCAUUCUAGCAAGGACAUGUGUUUCAAAUAUGAAAUUAACAUAAAGUAUAAGGAUAAUCCUAAAGGAAAAUCCAUAUAUACUUCCAUACAAGAAGGGGGAAACAGUAACAUAUUUCUAAGAUCAAAUACAAGAAAGAAGUACGUCUUGAAAAUGAGAGCAGCUGGCAGUGUCUGCUUUGUGAGCCCAGCCUGGGGGGAAUGGAGUGCACCUGUUGAUUUUGGAAAUGAGGAAAUUAUGUCUUUUUCAGUAUGGAUUUUACUUGGAGUAGGAGUUGCAACACUCUUAACGGCAAUCAUCACAAUUUUUUUCUGCAAAAGGACUGGCUGUUGGAAGGCAGCAUUUCCACAGAUCCCAGGACCAAAACUUGCUUUUUUUACACUGGCUAAUACAAAUCCAGAGCUGAUGGAGAGCAAAAUACAGUCAAUAACAUCUGAAAAUGAAGAGAUAGUAUUAGUUGCUGACAUCAUGAGAUAG